AUGCAAACUCCAAUGAAGAAACCUACCAAGGGUGUUAAAGGUAAAAGAAAUCAUCCUUAUGCCAAGAAAGAUGGACUGGAUUUUAAGAAAGAUUAUGCUAAAAAUGCAGCCACAAGCCCAACCUCAAGUAGAGCCACAAGUGCAGCCACAAGUAUAGUCACAAGUGCAACCACAUGUACAGUCACGGGUGCAACCACAAGUACAGUCACAAGUGCAACCACAAAUACAGUCACAAGUGCAACCACAAGCCCAACCUCAAGUACAGCCACCUGUGCAGCCACAAGUGCAACCACAAGUACAGUCACAAGUGCAACCACAAGAACAGUCACAAUGAGUGCAACCACAAGUACAGUCACAAGUGCAACCACAAGUACAGUCACAAUGAGUGCAACCACAAGUACAGUCACAAGUGCAACCACAAGAACAGUCACAAUGAGUGCAACCACAAGUACAGUCACAAGUGCAACCACAAGAACAGUCACAAGUGCAACCACAAGCCCAACCUCAAGUACAGCCACCUGUUCAGCCACAAGUGCAACCACAAGUACAGUCACAAGUGCAACCACAAAUACAGUCACAAGUGCAACCACAAGCCCAACCUCAAGUACAGCCACCUGUGCAGCCACAAGUGCAACCACAAGUACAGUCACAAGUGCAACCACAAAUACAGUCACAAGUGCAACCACAAGCCCAACCUCAAGUACAGCCACCUGUGCAGCCACAAGUGCAACCACAAGUACAGUCACAAGUGCAACCACAAAUACAGUCACAAGUGCAACCACAAGCCCAACCUCAAGUACAGCCACCUGUGCAGCCACAAGUGCAACCACAAGUACAGUCACAAGUGCAACCACAAAUACAGUCACAAGUGCAUCCACAAGCCCAACCACAAGUACAGCCACCUGUGCAGCCACAAGUGCAACCACAAGUACAGUCACAAGUGCAACCACAAGUACAGUCACAAGUGCAGCCACAAGAACAGUCACAAUGAGUGCAACCACAAGUACACUCACAAGUGCAGCCACAAGAACAGUCACAAUGAGUGCAACGACAAGUACACUCACAAGUGCAGCCACAAGUACAGUCACAAGUGCAACCGCGAGAGAAGGUAGUGGAGGAAGGAGAGAUUCCUGA